UCUCUCUCUCUAGCUUUUUCUUUCCGCUUUCAGUACCAAUCCCAAGUAGUGAAUUGAAGGGACUUGGCGGAAUUCUUCUAGAAAUGAAACAUGUCGUUACUGAGCUUGUAGCUUUUGAUUUUGAUCAUAAGUUGAUACAGUGAUUGUUAAGGGUGCUGAUACCUCUUGCAAGUUCUGGCUGAGGCUUAAGAGAGAGCAAGAUGUCUAGUGGAGAAGUGAGGAAAGUGUCUCGGCAAGAUAUACAGCUUUUUCAGGUGCAAAAUCUGAUUGAACGCUGUCUUCAACUGUAUAUGAACCAGAAAGAGGUAGUUGAUACUCUCUUGUAUCAAGCAAAAAUAGAACCUGGCUUUACUGAAUUAGUUUGGCUGAAACUUGAAGAGGAGAACCGAGAAUUUUUCAAGGCAUAUCAUGUUAGACUGUUGCUUAAGAACCAAAUAAUUGUUUUCAAUAAGCUUUUGGAGAAGCAGGUUGAGCUCAUGCAGAAAGUCUGCCCACCUCCCCUUUCCAAUGGUUCUACUUCUUCGGCAUUACAACAAACCCCGCCGUGUUAUUUGCCUGAACAUGUAUCUACUUCACAGUAUGACCCAAUGUUUUGCAACGGAGCAUCUUCGAACGCCAUGAUGAAUGGCACAUCAUCAUCAAAUCAGAGCAUCCAUCUUCGUGAUGAUGCCUCCAUUCUUAAUGGAAGACCUAAUGGAAUCCAUGGGACAACAAUCAAAUCGGAGCGUAACUACUCAAACAACUCAGGUUUUCCUUUCGGUACGGAGAACACUUUCUUGGAACCAGGUGCAGCCUUCAGCAGCUCUGAGUUGUUGGAGAUGGAUUCAUCCUCAUUGGGAUUUCUGAGUCAGAUACCUCGAAAUUUCAGCUUCUCAGAUUUAACUGAUGAUUUCACCCAAAGUGCUGAUAUUUUGGAGAAUUAUGGUAGGUCUCCUUUCCUCGCGAUCCAACGCAAAUGAGUUUUCGGAUUCUCCUAGAAGGGACUGCGAAGAUGAAGAAAAGAGAUUGGAUACAAUAUCAGAAGGCAUAAGUUAUGAAGAAUUUGGGAGUGACUGAUCAAACAUGAAAGGUUCAUCAGGCAGUUGAAGUAAAUCCUGUACAUAACCGGAAGAGCCGCAUGAAGAUCCUCAGCAAUUUGAGCAUUAAUACCCCCUUGCUAUGGUUCAGUUUGCAUGCUAAUGCUUAAACUUGAUGCUGUAUUGGUUUGUUAUAAACAGUGGCCUCCAAAAGUAAACAAACUUCUUAAAUGAAGCUGCUGGUUGGUUUGAGAUUUGUUGUGAUCCAUGGCAAUUUAGUAACAGUUCUGCAA